AGAAGUUGUCAUGGUGGGCCAUUUCAACUCCACAGUAGGGAAAGCUUCCAGUAGCGGACAGGCGAUCCGGCAGCACGGAAAAGACAAAGUGAAUGACAACGGAGUGAGGAUGCUUGAAUUCUUGGGAAGCAACGAACUGAUUGUGUUGAACGGUAGGAAGGAAUGCGAUAAGUCGGAGUUCACCAGGCACAGGGCAGUUUGCAAUGAAUACUCGAUCCUCGACUACAUCCUGGUAGAUUGGGGGAGCGCACAGAUCCCAGAGCUGCAAGUGAAGGGACUAGUGAGAAAGAAGAAAAAGUGUAUUUGGGACGAAGUAGUGCAGAAGGCCAACGGAGGCCUGGAGGGAAACGUCAAGCAGAUGUGGGAAGGGAUUAGUGGAAUGGUAAAAAAGACCGCGCAAGGGGGGGAUACAGGGGUCGCAACUUUGCGAGACGUUGGGAACGUAGAACUAGAAAAGGAGUUCACUGAGGACGAGGUUGAGGCGUGUGUGAACAAGCUGAAGUGCCACAAAGCAGCAGGAGCGGAUGGGAUAGUCAACGAGUUCAUGAAGUUUGGGGGGAAGGGGAUGAUCCAGCUGAUGGUACUGCUGUACAAUUGGGUGUGGAAAAACGAGUAUACGCCAAGUAGAUGGAGGGAAGGAGUGGUUGUGAACUUGUUCAAGAAAGGAGACAAGACUGACCCAGGAAACUACAGGGGGAUCACACUGUUGAACACAGUAGGAAAAGUGUUCUGUAAGCUGUUGAACGAUAGGAUAGUGGGAGUAUUGGAGAAGGAACAUAGCAUUAGUGAGGGCCAGGCAGGUUUCCGCAAGAAGAGGGGGUGCGUAGACCACGUGUUCACGGUAGGGAGAAUCAUCCAAGGUAGAAAGAGGGCGGGAAAGCCGACGUACUGCUUCUUCCUGGACGUGAAAAAGGCAUACGACACCGUAUGGAGAAAUGGGCUGUGGGAACAAUUGUCCAAGUACGGGAUCAAGGGGAAAAUGUGGAGAGUGCUGAAGAAGAUGACAAGAGUGGAGGAACCAGUAGAACAUAGAUGGAAGUGGGGGAUCGAGGAGAUUGCAGUAGUGGACCAGUACACAUACCUUGGAGUAGAGAUCGCAAAAGACUGCUCGUGGAAUGCACACAUGUCCAAGGUAGCGGAAAAGGGCAAAUCACGAGCAGGGAAGCUGCAUCCAAUACUCGCAAACCGGCAACUCGAUACACGCAUCAAAUUGACGGUUUUGAAGAGCGUAAUCGUACCGCCGCUAGAGUACGCCGGAGAAGUAUGGGAAGGAAAUAAGAAGAGGACGUAUGGAAGGGGCUCGACAUCGACGAAGAUGAAACGCUGGAAACGGAGGGUCUACAGGGGUUCAAGGAGAAGAUAUCUGUUGCUUGUGCCGAGAGAAAAGAACAGUCUAAGGAAAGAAACCGAGGAUCAGGAGGGUCUAGAAGUGUACGAAAUGUCGGAAAGCAGGAAAGGUUUCAAGGAUUACCUACAUGGACCAAUGGAUGCAGGGACAAAGUUUGAGGUAAAAUUCAGGACCGGGGACAUAGGCCUUCGAGAACGUCGACGAAGACAUAGGAC